UUUCACAUAUUUAUGUCCUCGUACUUGUGCAGGUAGAGAUCCAGCUGCUCUGACAAACUUUGAGAAGUCUGAUCGCAAGCUUGGUUCGAGUCCCAAGCUGCUGGGAUUUUAUUCCUCAUAUUAUUGUAGUCUCUUGUGAUCAUGAAGCUGGAGGUUUUCCGUGGCGCGCAUCACCAUCCGAAGGCACCGGAGACGUGCAGCGACGCUGAGACCAGCGUUUCGUCUCCGCUGUCCGGGGAAGACGAGCUGGGAUCCGAUGGCGACUGCGCGGCGCACAGCCCGUGCGCACCUGUUGCGUCUUCCGCCGCCAUGUCCUCUGGAGCGGCGCGCAUUGAGGGCAAGGACAAGGGCAAGCCGUAUACGCGCAGACCCAAGCCUCCGUACUCGUACAUCGCCCUCAUCGCCAUGGCCAUCCGAGACUCCAGCUCGGGCCGCCUGACUCUCGCCGAGAUCAACGACUACCUCAUGCGCAAGUUCCCGUUCUUCCGUGGCACCUACACGGGCUGGCGCAACUCCGUGCGCCAUAACCUGUCCCUCAACGACUGCUUCCUCAAGGUAUUGCGCGACCCUUCGCGACCCUGGGGCAAAGACAACUACUGGAUGCUGAACCCGCACAGCGAGUACACGUUCGCAGACGGUGUGUUCCGGCGCCGCAGGAAACGCAUCGGGAAAAAAGCGGGCCGGGAACAGGACCAGAGCGCGAACCGAGCCCCUACGGACUCCACAAGCCCGACCAAGUUCACAAGCUCGUUCGCCAUCGAUAGCAUCCUGAGCCGGCCGUUCCGUAAAACAGAGCAGCCGGAACACUACGCGCCAGAGGACACUUGGACCGGGCGCGCUCACGCACCGGCACCAGCGCCUUACGUCACGCGCGGGGCACCACUUCACGCACUGGUGGACGCGAACUCCGCGGUGCACACACUCCGCGCUUACGGCAUGAUCGCGUUUGAAGACUUGGCCGCCGGGGUCCGGCAUGACAGAGACUUCCUGAGCGUUCCUCUGAGCUCAGAGCGCCUUCCGGUCCCGAGGGUGAUACCGAGCACAGCGCGCGCGUCCAGCAAAACCGCAGCGUUCCAUCCGUUCCAAAUAGACUACUUAUUAUCCUAAUGGCGCGCGCGGGCAGGACGAUGUUCCAUUCGGCACUUUACACGGACUUGAAACGCAACACAUUUCAUCAAGAAGUGGACUUGGGAACUUUGGAGUUCCUGCACAAACAGGCUCCAGGAGAUGAUUUCUGUAAAUACUGAUGUCUUUAAAUACUGUUUGGUUAAUAAUGUUAGAUCAUGUAUUUAUGAUAGGAGGGGGUCAGGGUCAUCUCCCCUACCUCCUCCACCCCACCCCACCCCACCCCACCUCAUCUCACCUCCUCCACCCCACCCCACCCCUUGUGUGUUUUGUUUUGCUUCUUCAAAAUGUGGGAUUUUGCCUCAUCUGAAAUAUCACUCUUCUUGCUCUGUCGUCUUUUAAAGCAAUAACACUGAUCGCAAUGGUUGUUGUUGUUGUUGUUAGUUAAAAGAUCAGCUAAAAGGUACAAUGACAAGCUCAGCUCUGCCUGUACAGUAAACUGGACAGCACUGCUCAUGUCUACUGAAAACAAUGCAUGCGACUUAUUAUAAUGAGCAAUAAAAAUGUAUUUCUCUAGCAAAGGGAGAAAAAAAACCCAACAA